AUGAGUCGAUUCCCGCAAGCUCUCACCAUAUUCGCGACCUUCUUUGGCCUUGCACAGUCUGCAGAUAAUGGACUAUGGCCGAUGCAGAAGUUCAAAAGCUCGUCCAUCCAAGCACCGUACAUGAACGUCACUAAGAUGGGCCCGACAGAACCGGGCUUCCUCUUUCUGACACCCCACGAUAUCAUCCGACAAACGGGAUACCCGGCCAUCUACUCAGAUGAUGGCCAGCUUGUAUGGCAGGGCCCCAGUGGGAACUACUCAGCCCUGCAGCCGCAGGUUCUCAACGGCGAACCCGUAAUGGCCUACUGGUCCGGCUAUGUCAGCCUUGGCUUUGGAUUCGGAGGAAUUUCUAUCGUGAACAGCUCGUACGACGAGAUCCACAGAGUCACGCUGGAUUGCGAGGCAGAGAACUUCGUGACAAUCUAUGAUCCAAUGAAGUUUGCUUCGUGCAUUGAUAUCCACGAAAGUGAGAUCACAGAUAACGGCACCAUUCUCGUGACUGCCGUCAAUGUCACGCAAGCGGAUCUGAGCUCCAUUGGUGGUCCCAAGGACGGAUGGAUUCAAGACGCACUCGUCUAUGAGAUUGAUAUCAAAACCAAUGAGAUCCUCUUCCGCUGGAGUGCCUACGAGCACAUCGACCAGGUGCCGCUCAGCGAUGUGCGUGCUCCGCUCAAGGGAUCUGGCGGUACCAAAGCUGAUCCAUAUGGGUACCCUCAUCUCAAUUCGAUUGCGAAAUAUGGUGACUCGUACUUGGUGUCGUCGCGGUUUAUGUGCAGUCUCUUUUUUAUUGCAUCGAAUGGCUCGGUGACAUGGCAACUCCACGGUUUGACUGGCGGUGACUUUGAGUUAGGCCUCGGCACGACCUUCUGCCAACAGCACGACGCGCGCUUCCAGUUCCAGAGCGACGAGCGAGUGACAAUCAGCCUGCACAACAAUGACAACGCCGAUUUCACAGGCCACACCGCGCUAACAACGGGCAUGGUGCUAGACGUAGAGCUCCAAGGCUCAAAACGAGUCACCUUGAAGAGUCGAAUGUGGGAUGCCGCUGAACCUGUGUACGCCGAGUCACAAGGUAGCUACCAACCUCUCGGGAAUGGGCACGUUUUGCAGGCCCAUGGCGGAACGCCCAAGAUCGAGGAGUACGAUGAGAACGGGGCCGUCGUUAUGCGUGCUAGGUUUGGUUAUGAUAAUACCAUGCACACGUACCGCACCUAUCGGUACCCUUGGGUUGGGCGUCCGGCUACCAAGCCCAAUGCUGUGGCUUGUUUGGAUGGGAGGAACGGGAAGCCUGUUGUUUACGCUAGCUGGAAUGGGGCGACGGAUGUGGAGCAUUGGAAGGUGUAUUCUGGAACUGUGGUGAAGCAGACUGCUGUGCGGAAUGGAUUUGAGACGGCCAUUCUUGUGGAUGGCCUGACUAGUAGUGAUUCGGUGGUUGUGGAGGCGGUUGGCGGUGUUGGUGAUGGGAUGAGAUCUGAAUCCGCCAAAGUCGGACAAUGCUGA